GCGUUGAAGCGGAGCUAAAGCUGAAUUUCCAACCCAAGACUGUAGGGGGCGAUAAUGGGAUAAUGGUUGAGGAUGUGAAGAUUUUGGUAAACAGAGGAAGUGGCUGUUGCUAACAGUUGCAGAAAACCUGUGAAUAAUGGAUCAGAAAAUUUCUUUUGAUGAUUACCAACUUCCAGUUGUUUUCCUGCCUUCAUAUGAAAACCCACCUGCUUGGAUUCCACCACAGGAUCGUAUUCAUCAUCCAGACUACAACAAUGAGCUCACUCAGUUCCUGCCUCGCACUGUUGUGUUGAAGAAACCCCCGGGAGCACAGCUGGGUUUUAACAUCCGCGGGGGCAAAGCAUCACAGUUAGGAAUUUUUAUAUCUAAGGUCGUCCCAGAUUCAGAUGCUCACAGAGCGGGACUACAAGAGGGAGACCAGGUUCUCUCUGUGAAUGAUGUUGAUUUCCAAGAUAUAGAGCACACAAGGGCUGUAGAAAUUCUGAAGACCGCACGAGAAAUACUGAUGAGGGUUCGCUUCUUUCCUUACAACUACCAAAGGCAGAAGGAGAGGACUGUACACUAGGUGGCAGCAGAGCACCUACCAUAAAAUGUUUGGGGCAACAGCGUGAGUCUGCGUUGUGACUUAGCUUAUGGACGAGUGAUGCAUGACUAACGUGAAGUCAUCUACAGUUCUUCAGUGUGUGUCAACGUCAUCAGCUCUGUUCAACGUCUUCAAUCUCAUCGUCACUGUGAAGAAGAGAUGAAAUGAAUGUUUCAAGUAUAUGAAAACUGUAUAGUGUCAACAUUGCCUGUAUUUACAGAAAUGCUAAUGAGAUGUUUUGUUUAGAGAAGCACUUCUGUGCACAUUGGCACUGAUUACUCUGAUAGAUGUUUUCAGUAUAUUUUAUUCAAAUAACUUAAUCAAAAAGAUAGCAACCAAGUAUGAAUACACAUUGCCAGGUGCACAACAUGUAGAUUUUUAAACUCUUAAGUUAAUACACUAAACAUUUGUUGAGUCAAUCAUGCUGAAUGCACUCAAACCACCAUCUUAUACAUCUAAAGGAUCACUCCGAUGGAAGUGUUCUGCAUAUUUUAUUCAAACUCUGUAAAUUAGCAAUCCUGUACGAAUUCAUGUUGCCAGGUGCACAACAUGUACUUUUUACCUCUGAGUUGAUACAUUGAACUCACUUCUAUGACUUAAUUUUCAUAUGAAAUCAUAAAGAAAUACAUUGAAGUUACUGCAGUUAUGGAUAUAAAUGGUAUUAAAUACUAAUGGAUCUUUUAUUUGACAGAUGUUUUAUAUUUUACCAGAAACGCAUCAAGAAAAGUUGGGACUCAAAAUCGACUGAGAACUAAAUAAGUAUUUUAGAUGAAACACAAACAGCAAUUUCUUUGGUCUUAUGUUCAGUGGAGCAGAGGUCCAAGUGCAUUAACACAUUUUAAUUUAUCUUAAUGCAAUUUUAUUUUUUAAAAGAUACCAAAUUUUGCUGAUGUCUUUGUUUUCAUAUAAUUCUCCUGAGCUGAAUGGAUUAAAAGAUUAAACUAAUAA